AUGUUGCGUUGCCUUCAAAAUUUGAAGGUUGGGAGAAGACUGUUCAGCGAGAGUGCUGCGAGGGCGGUGGCGUCCGUGCCUCUAACGAGGACGUCCGUUUUAGACAACGGGUUGACUGUGGCGACGGAGUUCAUUCCGAACACGGCUAGUGCGACGGUGGGGAUCUUUGUUGAUGCUGGGUCGCGUGCUGAGAACGUGAAGAACAACGGUACGGCGCAUUUCCUGGAACAUUUGGCGUUCAAAGGUACUAAGAACAGAUCGCAGCGCGGGAUCGAGUUGGAGAUCGAGAAUAUCGGGUCGCAUUUGAACGCGUACACGUCAAGGGAGAACACUGUAUACUACGCGAAGUCGCUGAGGGAGGAUAUCCCGAAAGCGGUCGAUAUACUCAGCGAUAUCUUGACCAAGUCUGUGCUUGACCCGAAGGCCAUUGAACGGGAGAGGGACGUUAUUAUCAGGGAGAGCGAAGAAGUGGACAAGAUGUACGACGAAGUUGUGUUCGAUCAUCUGCACGAGAUCGCCUACAGGGACCAGCCCUUGGGGCGGACGAUCCUCGGGCCCAUCAAGAAUAUCAAGUCGAUCAAGAGAACGGACUUGCAGAACUAUAUCAUGACAAACUACAAAGGCGACAGGAUGGUACUUGCCAGUGCGGGCUCCGUUGACCACGAUAACUUGGUGGCGUACGCACAAAAGUAUUUCGGCCACUUGAAGAGAUCCGAUGUGUCCGUGCCCCUGGGUUCCCCCCGUGGUCCCCUGCCUGUCUUCACGAGAGGUGAGAAGUUCAUAAGUGAGACCACUUUGCCCACAACACAUAUUGCGAUUGCUCUCGAGGGUGUCUCGUGGUCAGCUCCAGACUAUUUUGUCGCGCUCGCGACCCAGGCAAUAGUCGGGAAUUGGGACAGGGCUGUGGGCGCCGGGACGAACUCCCCUUCACCACUAGCCGUCGCAGCAACGAACAACGGGGCUCUGGCUAACUCGUACAUGUCUUUUUCAACUUCGUACGCUGACACUGGGCUGUGGGGGAUGUACAUUGUGACGGACUCAGCAGAACACCAACCGAGGUUGAUCAUCAAUGAAAUCAUCAAAGAAUGGAACAGGAUAAAGAGAGGGGAUGUAUCCGAUAGCGAAGUCAACAGAGCCAAGGCACAGUUGAAGGCCGCUCUUUUGCUGUCGUUGGAUGGGUCCACUGCGAUAGUCGAAGAUAUGGGGAGACAGAUUGUCACAACGGGUAAAAGACUCUCCCCGGAGGAGGUCUUCGAACAGGUAGAUAAAAUUACAAAGGAUGACAUUGUCAUGUGGGCAAAUUACAGACUACAAAACAAGCCAGUAUCCAUCGUUGGACUAGGGGCGGUAGACGGGAUCCCUAAGCUUGAAGAAAUAGAGUCUCAGUUAAACAGUGGUCAAUGA